AUGGCUGCAAGAGAAGUAGAAGAAGAUGUGACAAUGAGAGCAGUGCUCUCACAGCUCAUUGACACUGCCAUCUUCAAUCUGGCUUUCUUGACAGUCACGGAGGCCGCAGCCGCAUCACAAAGACAUUUAUUACUCACUAGAAAACAUCAGAAUAAGCCUCUUAUUAUCUCUCAAGAAUGA